AUGUUGAAACCUGUUUUGGGGUUACGUGGCAGCAUAGGACGAGGACGAGGAUUGCUUGCUCUUUCUAAUCCGCUUUUAUCCAUCACAAGGCGGUUUGAUGAUAGAUUGUCACUGCCCAUAUCCAGUAUACGGACUUUAAACUAUGCCGUGAACCGGUUUGGUGAAAUGAAAGGGAAUCAAAGGUUCCCUUCAGCUGGAAUACGGAGUUUUAGUAUCACCUUACGCAAUCGUAACGAAGCUUCUGAUGUAGGGGGAAAUGGUAAGCAUCAGGAAGGUGAGGACAAAACUCCUGAUAAAAAGACCAACAAACCGUCAUCUACAGUUUCUGGUGGGCUAGCUGAUGUUAAACGGUUGUUUUACUUGGCAAGGCAUGAUUGGAAAAUGCUAGUAUUGGCGGUGUCAUUAUUGACCGUCUCCUGUACCAUUGGUAUGGCAGUACCGAAGGUGAUCGGGUUAGUAUUAGAUGCUACCAAGAAUGCACUAAGCGGCAGUAAUACCAAUAACGGCAAUGGAGGGUUGGAAGAUUCGAAAAGUCUUACUUUGGAUGAUCUUCCCCCAAUUGUGGGAGACAUACAGCUAUAUGACUUUUUCCUUUUAUUCGGUGGGGCCUUGUUGAUAGGAACCAUGGCUAAUUUUGGAAGAGUAGUACUCCUUAAGAUAUUAGGGGAAAGACUUGUGGCCAGAUUAAGAUCAAACGUUAUCAAGAAGACUAUGCAUCAUGAUAUGGAAUUUUAUGACAGAAACAAGGUUGGUGACUUGUUAUCCAGAUUAGGUGCAGAUGCGUACAUAGUGUCUAGAUCUAUGACUCAAAAUAUUUCAGAUGGUUUCAAAGCUUUGAUUUGCGGUGGUGUUGGUAUUGGCAUGAUGUUCCAUAUAUCGAGUACAUUAGCUAGUGUACUCUUCCUAUUUGCUCCACCGCUACUUGUUGGCGCAACCAUUUACGGUAACAAGAUUAGAGCAAUCUCUAGAGAAUUACAACAGGCCUCUGGUAAUCUUACCAAAGUCGCAGAGGAACAACUAAGCGGGAUUAAAACUGUCCAAUCCUUUGUUGCAGAAGGGAAAGAAGUGCAUCGCUAUAACAACGCUGUAAGACAGGUAUUUAAUGUUGGAAAGAAGGAAGCUUUCACAAAUGCGACUUUUUUCAGUAGUACAAAUGUGUUGGGUGAUUUCUCAUUUUUGCUGGUAUUGGCCUAUGGAUCGCAUCUUGUUUUACAAGGAAACCUUACAAUCGGUGAUUUAACUGCGUUCAUGCUCUAUACUGAAUACACUGGAAGUGCAGUAUUUGGUCUUUCCACCUUUUACUCGGAAUUGAUGAAGGGUGCUGGUGCAGCUACGAGAUUGUUUGAAUUGCUUGAUUACAAACCUACUAUUAAAUCAACUACCGGGAAGGCGUUUAAACCGUUAAAUGGUAAAGUUGAGUUUCAGCAUGUUUCUUUCAGUUACCCAACAAGAAAAACAAAUCAAAUCUUUAAGGAUCUCAACUUUACAAUAGAGCCAGGUUCUAAUGUAUGUAUUGUAGGUCCAUCAGGAAGAGGGAAAUCUACAAUUGCCUCGUUAUUGUUGAGGUACUACAAUCCAACAUCCGGUAAAAUCUUGGUUGAUGGCCAAGAUAUUACAAAAUUAAGUUCGAAAUCCCUUAGAAGACAACUUGGUGUGGUACAACAAGAGCCAAUAUUAAUGUCUGGUACUAUAAGAGAGAAUAUUACAUAUGGUGUCUCUAGGCAACCUUCAAUGGAAGAAAUCAGAUCUGUAGCAAAAAAGUGCUUCUGUCAUGCUUUCAUAUCUAAAUUCCCUAAUGGUUACGAAACUAUCAUUGGGCCUCGUGGUGCUUUGCUCAGUGGAGGACAGAAACAACGUAUUGCUAUCGCUAGAGCGUUAUUAAAUAAACCUAAAAUUUUGAUUCUCGACGAAGCUACAUCUGCCCUAGACGUUGAAAGUGAGGGCGCUAUCAACUACACUUUGGGGAGGUUAAUGAAGAGCAAAGAAUUAACUAUUAUCAGCAUUGCUCAUAGAUUGAGCACAAUCAGAAGAUCCGAGAAUGUUAUUGUACUUGGCAUCGAUGGUUCAGUUGUGGAAAUGGGUAAGUUCAAAGAUCUUUACGCCAACCAUGAUAGUGCUUUACACAAAUUAUUGACAGAACCUUCAGAACAGCAGCAUUCCCAGCACCAACAAUACGCUCCACCUGCCAUAACUCAAGAAUCUGAGCCACAAACAGAAGAAAAUGGCAAAGAUGAUUCUGGUGAAGAUCAAAAUUCUGACCACGAAGAAAACUCACAAGAUCAGAACGAGAAGAGACUGCAAGAAGAAGUUAUACAUCAAGUUUUAGAAGAUAUCAGUCACGAUCAAAAAACUUCAACGCUCAGGCCAUGA